AUGUCGUUGGUGUUAGCAAGCGUUGGUCAGUUUUGGAAGCGAGCGAUGGGAUUCGUGCUCGGCCGGUGGCUUAAAACCCCACCCUACUUUUUAUCGGACAUUUAUACCCUUAUGCUAGUUGCUUCGUCAAGUCUGAAACACAUCCCCAUCUCCAACAAACUCCGAUUGGUCUUUUAUCCCGAAAAAAUAGCUGCAAAAAUAGGAAUUCUGAUUAAAUAUUACAACCCCCAUUUAAGAAUAGUGCGGGAGGCCGCAACGCUCGAUCCAGAUAUUCCUGAAGCCACGUACCUUCUUCGAUUGCUCGUGAAGCUUGUUCGGGCCUUAAGCGACGGGCUCAGGCUUCAGCGGGAUUGUCGAGUUUCCGUUACUUAUGUUGAUCGAGAAAAAGUCGUUAGAGGACGAUGUGAACAAGUUGUGGCACCAAGAUAUGGAAAGAAGGAAAAUUACCAGGAUUGUGUUGAUAAUAAAAUUUGGGAUUUGAAGUAUGAUACUGAGCAUUUGGAAGGACUGAAUUGGAAUUUGACGGUGGUUGAGGCGGGAAAACCCAAAUUAUACUAUAUUGAUAAUGGACAGAUUGUUAUUCAUACUGCGACACUGUACGGCCCUGGGGACGAGGAAUUAGCUGCAGAUCUCGCACAUGAGGUUGGGCAUGGAGUGGCUAUGCAUGCUGAUGGAGGGAACCCCUGGUUGACUUUUUGGGCCUUAAUUGGCCUAAUCCCUUGUACUUCAGGCUUCUGGUUUGGUGCAAUAUUUGUGCGUUUAUGCGGCUUUACGCUUUACUCCUUGAGAAGGAUGGAACUCGAAGCAUAUUACAUUGGUCUAAUGUUGAUGGCCUCAGCUGGAUACGAUCCAAGACUCGUUCCGCCUUUUAUUCAAGAAUUACAGUCGAUUUGUCAUAAAUAUUACAUGGACACAACUCACCCUACUCCAGGGCGAAUAGCCGAGAUGCUUAGCCAAGAUACAGUGAUGGAUAGAGCACUAAAAAUAUACGAGCAAGUUCAGGCCGGUCACGAGAUUCCGAGUUUUAUUGAACGAAGGAAAAGAGUUCUUUGCGGCCCCAUUUUUAGCCCAUUCUCUGUUCAACAACUUUUUUUCCCACAUGUAGAUUAG